AUAACAAUCACAUUCUAGUGACCAGGAUACAGCUCCUGGUAUCUUCAUCCUUGGCAUUUUUUUACGAACCACUAUAGACUGAAACAUAACAAUGGCGAGAUCUGUCUUGCUCUCUCUUGUAUUAUUAGCCAUGGCUGUGAAGAAGAUAGAACCAUCAUCGGAGACUAUGAAGACCAUAACAUCAGGAUUCCUAAAAGUGCUUGAGGAAUGCAAACAAGAGCUAAACCUCCAAGGGCACGUGAUAAGUGACUUGUACCACUACUGGAAGGAGGACUACUCCCUCCUGAACCGGGACACUGGCUGCGCCAUCAUCUGCAUGAGCAAGAAGCUGGACCUUAUCGAUUCCAGUGGGAAGCUUCAUCAUGGGAACACUCAGGAGUUUGCCACUAGGCAUGGCGCUGCAAGUGAUGUAGCCUCAAAGCUAGUAGAAAUCCUCCACGCCUGCGAAAAGACCCACGAAGCCAUAGAAGACGAAUGUAUGAGGGCGCUGGAGAUCGCCAAAUGCUUCCGCACCGACAUACACCAGCUCAACUGGGCGCCGAAGAUGGACGUUAUCAUUACUGAAGUGCUUACCGAAAUGUAGAUUAUUCUAGAGUAAAAAUUAUGUUUUUGUAAAUAUGCCUCUGGGAAGCAGCUACAUAUUUGCGGCGUUUGGUGUCGAAACUUUGGGGCCGUGGGGGCCAAGUGCGCGUCGACUGUACAAAGACUUGUCGGCGCGCUUAAUAGAGGCUUCUGGUGACCAGAGGGCUGGCCACUAUUUCGCCCAGCGUAUUAGCAUCGCUAUACAGCGGGGAAAUACGGCCAGCCUUCUGGGCACCUUGCCCGUUGACGGCGACCUGGGGCAAAUUUUUUAUCUUUAGUUUUGUAAGUUUUAUUAUGUUUGUUUAUUCCUUUCUUUGUUUUUAUCAAUAAAUACUUCCCCAAAUGUUUUUGUAAUGACCAUAUGCGAAAUUAAAUAACUUGAAAUUAGACUGAGUUGAUCGUCGGAAUUUAGCAAAUUAUACAAAUAAUUAAAUGAGCCGUGAGCAUUAUGGGCACUUUUGCACCGGAAGCGAUAAGGAACGGGGUUGACUAAAUAGUUACCUACUUCGUGUAAUUAUGUAAUUAUUUAUAGUAUAAAAUAAUUAAAUGUUGUCUUGAAAAGCUUGUCUAUAAAUACACAAAAUUUUAACUAACAAACGACAAUCACCGUCAUGGUAUUCUCAUGUAAUUGUUUUUUUGUGUGUUUGUACAGUUUGUUUGUAACUAGUCUGUAGCUGAUUGUGGUUGUGAUUUGAAGAAAAGGUUCCGAAGACAAAGUUGUAGUGUUGCACGAAUUUGUUAGUUGCGAUUUUAUCAUUUAUCGCCUAUCGUCAGUCGUCACUAUCGCACUUACAGUACUAGUUAGAACAUGACAUACAAUAAAAGCGUCAUCAUAAAUCAGCUCGAUAGAAUAA